AUGCACACCUUGUUUUGCAGGGUUGUGGACUUCCUGCUCAAGGCCAUCAUGCGCACCAUGUGGUUUUCCGGCGGCUUCCACUGGGUGGUCACGAAGGGACAGCAGGCCUCUCCGUCUGAGGCCACCAUCCUCACCCUGGCUCCGCACUCCUCCUACUUCGAUGCCAUCGCUGUCACCCUGACGAUGUCCUCCAUCGUGAUGAAGGCAGAGAGCAGAGACAUCCCAAUAUGGGGAACUCUGAUAAAGUACAUCCGGCCAGUGUUCGUGUCCCGGUCAGACCAGGAUUCCCGAAGGAAGACCGUGGAGGAGAUCAGGAGGCGGGCACAGUCGAAUGGAAAGUGGCCACAGAUAAUGAUUUUUCCAGAAGGAACAUGUACCAACAGGACCUGCCUAAUUACCUUCAAGCCUGGUGCCUUCAUCCCUGGAGUUCCUGUGCAGCCUGUGGCUCUACGGUACCCGAAUAAACUGGACACCAUCACGUGGACCUGGCAAGGCCCCGGAGCGUUGAAAAUCCUGUGGCUCACACUGUGUCAGUUCCACAAUCGAGUGGAAAUCGAGUUCCUCCCCGUGUACAGCCCUUCGGAGGAAGAGAAGAAGGACCCCGCACUGUACGCCAGCAACGUGCGGCGCGUCAUGGCCGAGGCCCUGGGCAUCUCCGUAACCGACUACACGUUUGAGGACUGCCAGCUGGCCCUGGCGGAAGGACAGCUCCGUCUCCCCGCGGACACCUGCCUUCUAGAAUUUGCCAGGCUGGUGAGGGGCCUGGGGUUAAAACCAGAAACACUUGAGAAAGAUCUGGAUAAAUACUCCAAAAGCGCCAAGAUGCAGAAGGGAGGAAAGUUGGGUCUCCCUGAGUUUGCGGAGUACCUGGGCGUCCCUGUCUCAGACACGCUGGAGGACAUGUUCUCCCUGUUUGAUGAGAGCGGAGAGGGCAGGAUGGACCCUCGGGAGUACGUGGUCGCCCUGUCUGUCGUCUGCCGGCCGUCCCGGACUCUGGACACCAUCCAGCUCGCGUUCAAGAUGUAUGGGUCACAGGAUGGAGACAUCGAUGAGGACGCCCUGUCCAGCAUCCUCAAGACUGCCUUAGGGGUGGCAGAGCUCAGCGUGACCAACCUUUUCCGGGCCAUCGACCAGGAGGGGACAGGGCGGAUCACAUUUGCUGACUUCUGCAGGUUCGCAGAAAUGUUCCCCAACUUCGCAGAGGAGUACCUGUACCCCAAAGAGACCCAUUCGGACAGCAGUGCACAGACACCCCUCGCCCCAACCCCCAACGGCUUCUGUGCGGACUUCAGCCCUGAAAACUCGGACACUGGAAGGAAACCUUUCCGUAAGAAACUGGACUAGGACAGAAGGUUCUGGAGAGAUGAGGCCUCUCUGCGCCCUGUCACCACCCGCCUCCACCUGGCCGUGAGCCUGUUGGCGGUGACGCGGCUUGGCCUCGCUCUCCCGCGUGUUCUGUGCAUGUACCGGCCUCGGGCCGGGUUCUGCGACACCCGGGUCCUUCUGACCCUGUUCCUUUGUGGAGAGCCCGCAUGAGGGCGGGGCUUCGCCGGCCGCGGGGCUGUGUGGGCCCCCGGGGGGACUGUCCUGGCUCACUUCCUGCAGUCUUUCUUGGCGUCCCCGUUGGGAGUCCGUGCUCGGUGGCUUGCGCACGUGGACGGGACUCCACAUGCACACGCGACAUGCGGGAGACCAAGACGUGUCACGUGCGUUUCGAUUCCAGCACAAAUUCUCUGCCAGCCUGUGUGGGGGUCACAGCGUGGCAGAGCCCCGUCUUUUAAACAUUUCUAUAUUUGUGGGAACUCAUGAGUAUUUUAUAAACUUCAUUUAGAUACUUCAGGAAGCAUUCAACAUUUUUUUAAAAAAAAGAAAAAUUGUUUUCUACUUCAUUUUUCCUUUGAGGGUCAGAGGAAAUCUAUUUAUAGGCCCUUUUUUGAUAGAAUCCGAGGCUGUGUGGGGCUUUGACUUCAAUCUCUUUCUGGCCUCUCUCUACCAGGUACAUUCCUCCGUCUGGUCCACCACACGCACCCGGCCCAGACGCCUUCUCUGCUUCUUUAAUCCUUUUCAAAUCCCCGUCUUUUUUAUAAACUUUACCAGCUUGGUAUUUCUGUUUAACGUAAGGUAAUGUACUUCAGAGCCACGCAAAUCCAGCCGAAGCGUUGCGCGGCGGGGAGGUGGGUGAGUUAGCAGGAGGUCGUGGCGGGUGGCGGGUGGCCCUGGCUGGUGUGCUGAGCCUCCCGGAGACCGGCGUCCGGGCGACGGGCAGGUCCUGGCGGGAGGCUGGCGCCUCACGCUCUGCCGCUGCCCACCGGGCCUGCCCGCCGCCUCCCCGCGCCACCGAGCUCGAGGCCUGCACCCGCCGGGCCUCAGGGAAGGCGUUGGGGCCGCCGCCCGAGUCAGGUGAGGGGCAGAGCCUCCACACACAGGAGGGGAUGCCCUGGUGUCGCCCCCCCCCGGGCCCGGAGCUCGGCCCGAGGCACCGCAUCCUUCCGACACAAUUAGAGGUCCGCUCUUCAAGCACAAGGACCACAGCCUCUAGUUGGGUCUGAAGCAAAGCCUCUGGUUUGCUUGGGGAAGAAAAUUCUUCUGAAUUUCUAAAUGAAUUGGAUUUUGUAUUUGGGCAUCUCCAUAGAAAGCGACCGCCAGGGCCGCCAGAAAAAAUGUUUACAGACAUCCCGAGGCGUGCCCGGUGUGCGCUUCCAGCAGCCACGCAGCCCGGACGCGGCUUUGGGAGCGCACGGUGAUCAGCUUCUAGCUGCAGAAUGCAUAGAAAUUCAUUAGGAGAGAAAACAUACAAGUGACCAAUGAAGGAGGUAAAUAAACUAAGAUAUUCUGUGGGGAGGGUCCGGCUCGCGGCUCCCGGCCUCGGCGUCUGUGGAUGAAGGGCUUUUUGAAUGAAGUGCCGCUGGGCAUUUUCAGGAAAACCCCUGAUAAACAGACUUGGAAUGGAUGUUUACUCCUCCUGAUCCUCUUCUGCACAGCGACCUAGUGUCGGUGGUAUUCCCAACUGUGAAUGUAUAUAGUUUGGGAGGGAAAUCCCUUUUGUGUGAGGUGGGGACGGAAGGGGCCCCACGAGGACUCGGGGUCCGGGGUGGGUGCCGUGAAACAGCUUUGGAUUUUCAGUGGAAUGAAUAAAACAUAGUCUUACUCACCUGA